AAUCCAAAUUUAAUACUGUCACCAAAUACAAAUAUGUAAUUACUCCUCUCGAUUUCUCCAUAUUUCACUCACUUUACUCAUCAAAUCUUCUUCCAUCACAAAUUAACAACUCAAUCAUGGGAAAAGAAAUCUCUGAAGGAGUUUCACGUAAAGAUUUCCCUUUUGACUUUCUAUUUGGUGUUGCUACUUCUGCUUAUCAGGUUGAAGGAGCUAGUAAUGAAGGUGGCAGGGGUGAUAGUAUAUGGGAUGUUUUUACACACAGAGAAGGAAAAAUUAAAGAUGGAAGCAAUGGGGAUAUUGCAGUUGAUCAAUAUCAUCUCUACAAGGAAGAUGUCCAACUUAUGUCCAAGUUAGGAUUUGGUGCUUACCGCUUUUCUGUAUCAUGGUCUCGUAUUUUCCCUGAUGGUUUGGGAACAAAAGUCAACGAGAAAGGAAUUAAUUUCAAUCAAGAAGUAAAGAAAAUCGAAGACAAAUGUUUGAGACAGUUCUUAUCAUUGGGUGACCCAGACGUUGAUGCCACACUGGCAAAGAUGAAUCAACAUGUACUUGAGGUUUGA